AUGUUAUGCGAUUUCGAGUCGAAAUGUGAUUGGCUUUUCGAGAGUCCAGCAUGGAAAUACCCACGCGAGCCACGACACAACUUUAAAGUUAUUGUUGGUAGUCGUGAUUCAAAGCCAACUCAUUACGCAUAUUUCAAUUUUACUAAAGAACGUGAAGAACCCGCGAUGAUCAUUAGUCCCUAUUAUCAACAUCUGUCCAUUCAGUGUGAGCUCCGGUUUAUGUUUCGUUUGUUUGGUGAUCCGUAUGCGACACUAAUGGUUACCAGUCAACAUCGUGCCUUAAAUGAAGCAGCUAAUUACGCUGACUUAAAUGAUUAUGAAGACGAGACGGAAUGGACAAGACCAACGUUGCAUUCCACUUUCAGUGCACAGAAUAAUUAUAUUGAUUCAUGGAAGAAAGUUAAUGUGCACAUUGGACACGUCACUCAUCCGACCAGAAUCAGGAUCGAAUGUCAUUCUAAGGGAAAUAGCGCCGUUGCAGAAUCAAAAGAAAGCACCGAAUGUUACAUUGAUAAUAUUGAAAUGGUUAAAUGUGAUGAGGAGGUGUGGUACGAGAAUAUAUGCCAGUCAAAUAAGACUAAAAAAUAUUUGUGCCAUAAAUAUGAUCGUCCAAAGUGCAUUGACUAUGACCAGUUAUGUGAUAUGACUGUCGACUGUCCCGGAGCUGAGGAUGAACAAACCGAUUUACACAAUUGCACAGUACCAAUUGAUGCUCGUUGUACAUUUGAAGAUGAAAAUGAAGAGAAAACUGGUUGUGUAGGAUGGCACCUUGAGACUUACUAUGUUCAUAACAGUCGAAGAACGAGUGAAAAUAAACAUCUUUUCAUUAGAGUUAAUUCAAGUGUUGCGGCAAAGCAAUCAUCACUGAAGCAUGUCCCACUUAGAGAUCAUACUUUUGAACACAGUAAUAAUAGCGGUCAUUUUUUGUAUUUUACGUCGGAAGAUGAUCUGGAACGAAAUAGUUUCACGAAUACAAAGUCAACUUAUUUAAUUUCGCCAUAUUUUCCUCCAACCACUAAUGUGCUCUUCAAUUCUGCUGCUCUUCCGUCCAAUUCAUGCAGGGUUCGAUUUUACUACUGUUCAUAUGGAAGUGCCAUUUCGACGUUACAAUUGACAGUGCAUCCAAUCAACGGACAGCCUCCUAAAAUUAUCUGGACUCCUCCAUCUCUCGCAUUCGCUGAUCACAAUUACUACUGUGAUUGGACAAAAGUAUCCAUAGAUUUACCAGAACAGAAAAGUGAAUAUUAUUUAAAAAUGGGUGUGAGCAGGAUAUUCGACUCAUCGAUAAGUUUCGCCAUUGAUGAUUUCUCAAUGACAUCAGAUUGUUUCAUAAAUGAAGAAGUAUGGCGUUCUCUAUAUAUACCUUACGUAUACAAUAUAACAAGUUGUGGACAACAAGGAGCUCAACAACCAACAUCCGAAAACUGCGAUAAUUUCUAUAAUCAAAGCACAACAAAAGUGCUGCUGCGGAAUAAUACUUCCAAUGGAUUUCAGAAAUGGAUCGUACCAAAAACCGCAGAGUACAGAAUCGAAGCAUAUGGUGCAUCUGGAGGACAUCUUGCGCAACAGACAAUCAAUAAUUACGGUGGCCAAGUGAUUACCGUACUUAAUUUAACACUGGGUGUAGAAGUGAACAUUCUGGUAGGACAAAUGGGUGAAAGUCCAUGUGAUCAUUUUAAGACACCAACUGAUAAUAUGGCAAGUUAA